GGAGCCCGGAUUACAACUACAGUAAUCUGAGAACCGCAGCCGCACUCUACAGCUACAACUGAACAUAUAAACUCCAACCAACCAUCAGUGGACGGGGACAAAAUAGCUUCAACCAAAAUGCACAACUGAACAUGGCAUCGCUCUACAAUUUAAAUCAACCAGAAAAAAGAAAAUACAUACAAAUCUCAAGGGGACAAAAAGAGGCAGAAAUGUAUUUAGGCUAGGAACCAACAGCCUGGUACUAAAACAAGAAGCUCCACCUGUCAGCCUGUGCCUCCUGUUCGUACAAGCACUGACAGAUCCUGGAAACUGGCAGUUUUUGGAGAAUUCAGUGGCUUUUUUUUUUUAAGGGAAUGAGGACUAUUUUUGAAGCAUGAGCCAGGAACAAGAGAACAAGAUUUGGACAGAUUUCAUUUGCACGCGUCCAGUCAGAGUCGAGACGCGUCUGUUUACCUAACCACGGACCAUCUAGGACAAGGAUCCCUUUAUGCUUGACUUCAACAAGACAGUUGUGGACAUCCGUCCCCUCUCUGUCGUUCCUCCUCUGGCAUCCGUUUCUUUCCCUCCAUCUCUCCGCACACACCUCCUCGUUUCUCCCUCCCCCCUCCCUCCCUCCAUCCAUCCCACCCUCCCCUCGUGGAAGAUGAUGUGACCUUCUGCCAAACUGCUAGAGACCAUGCUACUGUCACAGUGGGAUCUUCUGUCCACACUGAAAUAGACUCAAACAGGAGGAAGGAGGAAGAAAGGGACAGAGAAAAGGAAACAGAGAGAAAGAGAAAAGGGGAAGGAGGGACGGGGGAAAAGAGAAUAGAAUAAAUCAGGACAAGUCAAGGAGGAGAUAUGUGCUGUCGGGAGUCCGGGCUGGAUGUGGUUUGCCAAAACAGGCAGUAGGCGACUGAGAUGGGAGUUCAUCUAGGCUGUCUCAGCGACACACUGUGGCUGCCGUUGCUGCUGCUGCUGUCUGUCUGCUUUGCCCCCCACUACCAGUGCCGACCGUUCGGGACGGUUGAGCCCACCGUGAACGUGGCGGUGGUGUUCAGCGGUUCCGCCUACCAGAUGGAGGUCAAAGGGCGACUGAGCCGGGAGAACUUCCUGGACCUGCCGCUGGAGGUGAACCCCAUCACUGUGCUGGUGAAUAACACCAACCCUCGCACCCUACUGACACGCAUCUGCGACACACUGGCUGCUAACAGAGUGCAUGGAGUCGUCUUUGAAGAUAACAUUGGGUCAGAGGCCGUAGCGCAGAUCCUGGACUUCAUAUCUACCCAGACGGCAGUGCCCAUCAUUGGCAUCAGCGGGGGAUCUGCUGUUGUCCUGCAUCACAAGGGUGAUGGCUCUACAUUCCUUCAGCUGGGUUCUUCCAUUGAGCAGCAGAUUAAUGGAAUGUUUAAGAUGAUGGAGGAAUACAACUGGGACAGUUUUGUGGUAGUAACUAGCUUGUACCCAGGCUACGAUUCCUAUGUGGACUACAUUCGCUCCUUCAUCGAUACUUCCUACUUCCUUUGGGAAAUGCAGGAUAUUUUGACAUUUGACAUGUCGGCUGACGGCAUGAACGACCUUCGCGCCCGACGGUUACUUCAACAGAUCGAUGCCCAGGUGCUGCUUGUGUACUGCUCCCACGAUGAGGCCCAGUAUCUGUUCACCAUGGCCAGGGACGUGGGUUUGGUUGGUCCAGGUUAUAUCUGGUUUAUCCCGAGUCUUGCAGUUGGAAACCCCAAUAUAGCACCUCCGGAAAGCUUCCCUAUUGGAUUGAUCAGCAUAAUCACAGAUCGCUGGAAGAUGAGCAUGAGAAACAGGGUCAGGGAUGGUGUUGCCAUUGUGGUGAAAGGGGUAGAGAGCUUCCGAAAGCAGAGAGGGUUUGUUCCCGACGGACAUAUGGACUGUCAGAGUCUGGUGCGGCCAUCCACCAAUGAGACUCUCUACAGGCAUUUGCUGAAUGUGUCUUGGGAGAACACAGAUUUUUCCUUCAACAGUGAUGGAUAUCUGGUCAACCCUUCCAUGAUCAUCAUCACUUUGGACCGUGGGAGACAGUGGGAUAAGGUGGGAAGUUAUGAGUCUGGUAUACUGCAUAUGAGGUAUCCAGUCUGGCCACGUUACGGGACCUACCUAGAGCCAGUGUCUGAUAAUCGUCACUUGACAGUCGCUACAUUGGAGGAAAGGCCUUUUGUUAUUGUAGAGGCUGUUGAUCCUGUUACUGGCACCUGCCUCAGCAACACUGUCCCCUGUAGACGCCAAUCUAACAAGACAGAAAUGAUUGUCGGACACACUGAACCUUACACCAAACUAUGCUGCAAAGGCUUCUGCAUCGACAUUUUAAAAAAGCUGUCUCGUAACAUCAAGUUCUCCUACGAUCUUUACCUGGUCACUAAUGGCAAACAUGGCAAACUUGUGCGUGGGAUCUGGAAUGGUAUGAUUGGAGAGGUAUUUUAUAAGCGAGCAGACAUGGCCAUUGGCUCUCUGACCAUAAAUGAGGAGCGUUCCGAGAUCAUUGACUUCUCUGUGCCUUUUGUGGAGACUGGCAUCAGUGUGAUGGUGGCCCGGAGCAAUGGAACCGUUUCUCCUUCAGCCUUCCUGGAGCCCUACAGCCCAGCGGUGUGGGUGAUGAUGUUCGUCAUGUGUCUUACUGUAGUGGCAGUGACUGUGUUUGUGUUUGAAUACUUCAGUCCUGUGGGCUACAACCGCAGUCUGAUCAGUGCCAAAGAUCCAGGUGGGCCAACGUUCACUAUCGGAAAGUCGGUGUGGUUACUGUGGGGGAUCGUAUUCAACAACUCAGUCCCCAUUGAAAACCCCAAAGGCACCACCAGUAAGAUCAUGGUGCUGGUGUGGGCCUUCUUUGCUGUGAUCUUCCUGGCCAGUUACACAGCCAACCUGGCAGCCUUCAUGAUCCAGGAGCAAUACAUCGACACUGUCUCUGGACUGAGCGACAAAAAGUUCCAGAAACCGCAAGACCAGUAUCCUCCAUUUCGGUUUGGUACAGUGCCCAAUGGCAGCACAGAACGCAACAUACGGAGCAAUUAUCCGGAGAUGCACUCCCACAUGGUGAAGUACAACCAGAAAGGUGUGGAAGAUGCCCUCAACAGUCUCAAGACAGGGAAACUGGAUGCCUUCAUAUACGAUGCAGCUGUGCUUAAUUACAUGGCUGGUAAAGAUGAAGGGUGUAAACUUGUGACCAUUGGUAGCGGGAAGGUAUUUGCUACCACAGGCUAUGGUAUCGCCCUUCAAAAAGAAUCUCGCUGGAAGCGCCCCAUAGACCUAGCUCUUCUUCAGUUCCUUGCUGACGGUGACACUCAGAAGCUGCAGACGGUAUGGCUGACUGGGAUCUGUCGUAACGAGAAAAAGGAGGUCAUGAGCUCGAAGCUCGACAUUGACAACAUGGCUGGAGUGUUCUACAUGCUUCUAGUUGCUAUGGGUCUCAGUCUGCUGGUCUUUGCCUGGGAACAUCUACUUUACUGGAAGUUACGACAUUCUGUCCGCAAGUCUGAACGUUUGGAAUUCUUAUUGGCCAUUAGCAGGGGUAUCUACAGCUGCUUCAACGGUGUGGAGGACGUAGACCGUAAAGGGAACAUGCAGAACCCAGAUGUCACUACAAGUUACACUCAAGCCAACAUGCUGAAGAUGCUCCAAACCGCAAAGGACAUUGUUUCAUCCGCAAGAGUGGAUAACUCCCUGGACAAUGCCACUAAGACCAUAGAGAACUGGAGUCGACGAGAUCCGGAGGCAGCAAGACCAAGUCUUCCUACCUGCCUCAUAGGAACUGACUUUAGCCACAGUCGCCUGCCCUGCAUCUCCAGUGUUACAGGCAACCACUCCCCCUACCCUCAUAAUAUAGAUAACACCACUCAGCACUUGCUAGAGAAGCCUCACGUGGGAACACGGCCUACCUCGCUGCGAUACACUCUCCCUGCACGCACAAGCCACCACCAUAUUUACGAACGAACUCUACCCAUAUCUAGCCUCAGCAGUCCCCAUAUUGCGAUAAGAGACCCUCCACCUCCAACAGCCCCAAAACCCCAUGUGUUCAUAGAUCAGUCCUGUCACCACCCUACCUCUCGCUACAUCUCUUACCAUGAUUUUCAGAUACCGGACAUCUUUGUGGAACACCAGGAAACUUCUAGAAGCCAUAAACAAUACAUGGCAGGCCUGGGUCGGAAAAAGAGAUCCCACAGCUAUGUAGCAGCAUCUCCAGAAACUCGCCGGAGAGAUGACUAUGAUGUUCCUCAGUCUUGUCUAGCUGAGCUUAAAAGCAACCACCUUGUGGAGAACCAUUCCCAUACUACACCUUGCAUGCGAAGCCACUACCAGAGAUCGAAUACAAGCUGCAACUCCUGCACAAAGUUGUACCUAGAACCGGACAUGGAAGAUGUUCCUCUACUGGGCAAGGACAAACCAAAUCGCCGUGCCUCUUUUCUCAGGUCCACUUGGGGUGGAGACAGGAUCCGACAGUUGGAUGAGAAUCCCUCCACCUCUGCAUCUUCUACCGGUUGCAUCAACAUGCCCGACCUGUUCCCUCGAGUAGUAGUGACGAAUCCCAAGCAUUCAAAGAUGCAUGGAAGUGCUGGUAAUAACCUUCGCUACAACAUGGCGGUAGAGCCAGCCUAUCUAGAUCCAGCCCACAUGGGCUCCUACCCAUACAAGCCCCAGAAGGUCAAGUACUCAAAGUCCAUCCGCCUUCCUUCAUACCGGGAAGCGAUUCUACAAAAUGCGGCGGCCAUGCGUCGUUCUUCUUCCACACUAGUGCAAGGACAAUACUCAACAUAUUUGAACUCAUACAGGGACCUGCCUGUGUACUUGAGUCCUCUACCGCAGGGGCCCACUUAUUUUCAUGAGCACUCCAAAGACAUGUGCCACCUGUUUUCCUGCACCAACCAUUGCCCAGAUAAUGCUGCCCUGGAACCCCGGUUAGGAAGCAGACAUGUACUGUACCAGAGCACCGCUAUUGAUGGGGCUGGGCGAUCAAAUGAGGAGUCAAUGAACACUGUGCCAGUUUCUUCCCUUCGUAGGGACCGCAGACAGGUUCUGGUGGCACGGAACGUUCAUAGCCCUUACGCCCCAAGGCCCUGGGGUAGGGUGUCGAGUCUGGAGUCUGAGGUGUGAAGUUCAUGGAGAGAUCUCCAGACUCAAAGACAGUGUAUCUCAAACCGUGAGGGAAAAACACUGGAAACUGCUAUAGAGAAUCAAGCAAAAAAUUUGACGGAGGACUAGAGGUGGAAUAAUACAAUCUCAGUGCAAUAAUACAAUAUGACAACAGGGAUGGAACAGGGGGAAUGUACAAGUGAUAACUGUGGAGACUUAUUUAAGUGUACCUUGAAAAAAUAAGAGUUAAAUUGAUAUUUAACUGUUCUUAAUAUAUAAUCUAUUGAUUAUUAUUCAAACUGUUUUUAAAUGCCAUUAUACCGAUUACAUUCACUCUUUGCAAACAAUCAGAUGUAGCAUGUCUCAAGGCAGCUUUAAAUCAGGACGGUUUAAUCCAAAUCUGGAUUCUGCUAAACUGGAGAGUUUUCUAACAUCCACAAAAAAAUGUCUUCCAAGAAUUUUAUAAAUCCAGGGGUUUGAGAAAGCCAUGAUUCAUUGUUGAAAUUCAUUACAUCACCAAUUCAAUUCAGUUCUGAUUUUAAGAAUGAUGCAAAAGCAAAGUGAUUCGCCGGUAGUUCCACAGCUAUUUCACUGUUUAAUAAAUGAUGAAAUGGCCUGAGGGCCAAUUGGAAAAGACUGUUGUUGUUCCUGUCUGUGACUUUAGCUAAAGUGGAAACAAUUCAUGAAACAU